AUGGAGGCAGCGGAGAGAGGCGGCUGGGCGCUGCCGCUCACCGUGCGAGAGCUCAUCGCUGGUUGGGUCGCCGGUGGUGUUGCCAAGUGCGCUGUCGCCCCGCUGGAGCGCGUCAAGAUCCUCCUCCAGACUAGAAGGGCGGAAUUCCGUGGGUCUGGAUUGAUUGGAUCGUUUCGGACAAUCUAUCGUACAGAAGGUCCCUUAGGGUUUUACAGGGGCAAUGGUGCCAGCGUUGCUAGGAUUGUUCCUUAUGCAGCUUUGCAUUACAUGGCAUACGAAGAGUAUCGCCGAUGGAUCAUUCUUGGUUUUCCUAAUGUUCAACAAGGGCCUGUUCUUGAUCUAGUGGCAGGAUCAAUAGCUGGAGGAACAGCAGUCGUGUCCACAUAUCCGCUUGAUCUGGUUCGCACGAAGAUGGCUUAUCAGGUUAAAGGUGCAGUGAGCCUCAGUUUAAGAGAGCCCACCGAACAGGUUUACAAAGGGAUCCUUGAUUGUUUGAAAACAGUAUACAGGCAAAAUGGCUUAAAAGGCCUAUACCGUGGCAUGGCUCCAUCAUUAUAUGGAAUCUUCCCUUAUUCCGGUCUUAAAUUCUAUUUCUAUGAGAAGAUGAAGACUCGUGUUCCUGAAGAGCACAGAAAAGAUAUUAUACCAAAACUUGCUUGUGGGUCAGUUGCUGGUUUGUUAGGACAGACAAUAACGUAUCCCCUUGAUGUUGUUAGGCGGCAAAUGCAGGUUCAGGCGCUCUCAUCGUCCAACCUCGUGAAGGGGAAAGAAACAUUUGGAAGCCUUGCUAUGAUAGUGAAACAACAAGGCUGGAAGCAACUGUUUUCUGGACUAUCUAUCAACUAUUUGAAGACAUAUGCGGCUGGAACAGUGCAAUUCCCAUUUGUCGUCAAUGAUACUUAUUAUUAA